AACUGUGUUACUUCUAGGUUGCAUCUUCUCAUUUGCUAGCAAGGACCCCUGGGCUCAGCAGCCAUGAGUGGGGACCAGGAAAUGGCUGUUUUUGGGGAGGCUGCUCCUUACCUCCGGAAGUCUGAAAAGGAGCGCAUUGAGGCCCAAAAUAGGCCCUUUGAUGCCAAGUCCUCAGUCUUUGUGGUAGAGCCCAAGGAAUCUUUUGUCAAAGGGACUAUCCAGAGCAGAGAGGCAGGGAAAGUGACCGUGAAGACGGAAGCGGGGGCGACGCUGACAGUGAAAGACGAUCAGAUUUACCCCAUGAACCCUCCCAAAUAUGACAAGAUCGAGGACAUGGCCAUGAUGACUCACCUGCAUGAGCCCGCUGUGCUGUACAACCUCAAAGAGCGUUACGCAGCCUGGAUGAUCUACACCUAUUCGGGCCUGUUCUGUGUCACCGUCAACCCCUACAAGUGGCUGCCGGUGUACAACCCCGAGGUGGUGGCUGCCUACCGAGGCAAAAAGCGCCAGGAGGCCCCGCCCCACAUCUUCUCCAUCUCUGACAACGCCUAUCAGUUCAUGCUGACUGACCGAGAGAAUCAGUCAAUCCUGAUUACUGGAGAAUCUGGUGCAGGGAAGACUGUGAACACCAAGCGUGUCAUCCAGUACUUUGCAACAAUUGCUGUCACUGGAGAGAAGAAGAAGGAGGAAACUGGCAAAAUGCAGGGGACUCUGGAAGAUCAGAUCAUCAGCGCCAACCCCCUGCUGGAGGCCUUUGGCAAUGCCAAGACCGUGAGGAAUGACAACUCCUCGCGCUUUGGUAAAUUCAUUAGAAUCCACUUUGGCACUACAGGAAAACUGGCUUCUGCUGAUAUUGAAACAUAUCUGUUAGAGAAGUCUAGAGUUACUUUCCAGCUUAAGGCUGAAAGGAGCUAUCAUAUUUUUUAUCAGAUCACCUCAAACAAGAAACCAGAACUAAUUGGUAAGAAAUGUCAUAAUUCCUUUCAGAAUGACUACACUAGCACCUAUCAAUUUGCUGACAAGGCAGCCUAUCUCCAGGGUCUGAACUCUGCUGACCUGCUUAAAGCCUUGUGCUACCCCAGGGUCAAGGUCGGCAAUGAGUACGUCACCAAAGGCCAGACUGUAGAGCAGGUGUACAAUGCAGUGGGUGCUCUGGCCAAAGCCGUCUAUGAGAAGAUGUUCCUGUGGAUGGUGACCCGUAUCAACCAGCAGCUGGACACCAAGCAGCCCCGGCAGUACUUCAUUGGGGUCUUGGACAUCGCUGGCUUUGAGAUCUUCGAUUUCAACAGCCUGGAGCAGCUGUGCAUCAACUUCACCAAUGAGAAACUGCAACAGUUUUUCAACCACCACAUGUUCGUGCUGGAGCAGGAGGAGUACAAGAAGGAGGGCAUCGAGUGGACGUUCAUCGACUUUGGGAUGGACCUGGCUGCCUGCAUCGAGCUCAUCGAGAAGCCUAUGGGCAUCUUCUCCAUCCUGGAAGAGGAGUGCAUGUUCCCCAAGGCCACAGACACUUCCUUCAAGAACAAGCUGUAUGAACAGCACCUGGGCAAGUCUGCCAAUUUCCAGAAGCCCAAGGUGGUCAAAGGCAAGGCUGAGGCCCACUUCUCACUGAUCCACUACGCGGGCACCGUGGAUUACAACAUCACCGGCUGGCUUGACAAGAACAAGGACCCGCUGAACGAGACCGUGGUCGGGCUGUACCAGAAAUCUUCACUGAAAACUCUAGCUUUCCUCUUCUCUGGGGCUCAAACUGCUGAAGCAGAGGCAAGUGGCGGUGGUGCCAAGAAAGGUGGCAAGAAGAAGGGUUCUUCUUUCCAGACUGUGUCUGCCCUUUUCAGAGAAGCUGAAGGUUUGGCUGAUGCAGAGGAAAGAUGUGACCAGCUGAUCAAAACCAAAAUCCAGCUUGAAGCCAAGAUCAAAGAGGUGACUGAGAGAGCUGAGGAUGAAGAAGAGAUCAAUGCUGAGUUGACGGCCAAGAAGAGGAAGCUGGAGGACGAAUGUUCAGAACUGAAGAAAGACAUUGAUGACCUUGAGCUGACACUGGCUAAGGUUGAAAAGGAGAAACAUGCCACAGAGAACAAGGUGAAAAACCUCACAGAAGAGAUGGCAGGACUGGAUGAGACCAUCGCAAAGUUGACCAAGGAGAAGAAGGCCCUCCAAGAGGCCCACCAGCAGACCCUGGAUGACCUGCAGGCAGAAGAGGACAAAGUCAACACCUUGACCAAAGCUAAAACCAAGCUGGAGCAGCAAGUGGAUGAUCUUGAAGGGUCUUUAGAGCAAGAAAAGAAACUUCGCAUGGACCUAGAAAGGGCUAAGAGGAAACUUGAAGGUGACCUCAAGUUGGCCCAAGAGUCCAUAAUGGACAUUGAAAAUGAAAAACAACAACUUGAUGAAAAGUUCAAAAAGAAGGAGUUUGAAAUCAGCAAUCUGCAAAGCAAGAUUGAAGAUGAACAAGCACUUGGCAUUCAACUGCAGAAGAAGAUCAAAGAGUUGCAAGCCCGCAUUGAGGAGCUGGAGGAGGAAAUCGAGGCUGAGCGGGCCUCUCGGGCCAAAGCAGAGAAGCAGCGCUCUGACCUCUCCCGGGAACUGGAGGAGAUCAGCGAGCGCCUGGAAGAAGCCGGCGGGGCAACUUCAGCCCAGAUUGAGAUGAACAAGAAGAGGGAGGCUGAGUUCCAGAAAAUGCGCAGGGACCUGGAGGAGGCCACCCUGCAGCACGAAGCCACAGCGGCCACCCUGAGGAAGAAGCACGCGGACAGUGUAGCUGAGCUCGGGGAGCAGAUAGACAACCUGCAGAGGGUCAAGCAGAAGCUGGAGAAGGAGAAGAGCGAGAUGAAGAUGGAGAUCGAUGACCUCGCUAGCAAUGUAGAAAUAGUCUCUAAAGCCAAGGGAAACCUAGAAAAAAUGUGCCGCACUCUAGAGGACCAAGUCAGUGAACUGAAAUCGAAGGAAGAAGAGCAGCAGCGGCUGAUCAACGACCUGAUGACCCAGAGGGGACGCUUGCAGACAGAAUCUGGUGAAUUUUCACGUCAGCUAGAUGAGAAAGAAGCUCUGGUGUCUCAGUUAUCAAGGGGAAAACAAGCAUUUACUCAACAGAUUGAGGAAUUAAAGAGGCAACUUGAAGAGGAGACAAAAGCCAAGAACGCUCUGGCCCACGCCCUGCAGUCCGCCCGCCAUGACUGUGACCUGCUGAGGGAACAGUACGAGGAGGAGCAGGAAUCCAAGGGCGAGAUGCAGAGGGCACUGUCCAAGGCCAACAGCGAGGUUGCCCAGUGGAGGACCAAAUACGAGACAGACGCCAUCCAGCGCACAGAGGAGCUGGAGGAGGCCAAGAAGAAGCUGGCCCAGCGGCUGCAGGAUGCGGAGGAACACGUAGAAGCCGUGAAUGCCAAAUGUGCCUCCCUUGAGAAGACCAAGCAGCGGUUACAGAAUGAAGUUGAGGAUCUCAUGCUUGAUGUGGAGAGAACAAAUGCUGCCUGCGCGGCCCUGGACAAAAAGCAGAGGAACUUCGAUAAGGUCCUGGCAGAAUGGAAACAGAAGUAUGAGGAAACCCAUGCUGAGCUCGAGGCCUCCCAGAAGGAGGCCCGCUCUCUUGGCACUGAGCUGUUCAAGAUGAAGAAUGCCUAUGAGGAAUCCUUGGAUCAGCUAGAAACUUUAAAACGGGAGAACAAAAACUUGCAACAGGAGAUUUCUGACCUCACCGAGCAGAUAGCAGAAGGGGGCAAACGUAUCCAUGAACUGGAGAAAAUAAAGAAACAAGUGGAACAAGAAAAGGGUGAACUUCAGGCUGCUUUAGAGGAAGCAGAGGCAUCUCUUGAACAUGAAGAGGGAAAGAUCCUGCGCAUCCAGCUGGAGCUGAACCAAGUCAAGUCUGAAAUUGACCGGAAGAUUGCUGAAAAGGAUGAGGAAAUUGACCAGCUAAAGAGAAACCACGUUAGAGUUGUGGAGUCGAUGCAGAGCACGCUGGAUGCUGAGAUCAGGAGCAGGAAUGAUGCCAUCAGGAUCAAGAAGAAGAUGGAGGGAGAUCUGAAUGAAAUGGAAAUCCAGCUGAACCACGCCAACCGCAUGGCUGCUGAGGCCCUAAAAAACUACAGGAACACCCAAGGCAUUCUCAAGGACACCCAGAUCCACCUGGAUGACGCUCUUCGGGGCCAGGAGGACCUGAAGGAGCAGCUGGCCAUGGUGGAGCGCAGAGCCAACCUGCUGCAGGCUGAGAUAGAGGAACUGAGGGCCAUGCUGGAGCAGACGGAGAGGAGCAGGAAGAUUGCAGAGCAGGAGCUCCUGGAUGCCAGUGAGCGCGUCCAGCUCCUGCACACCCAGAACACCAGCCUGAUCAAUACCAAGAAGAAGCUGGAGACAGAUAUUUCCCAAAUGCAAGCAGAGAUGGAGGACAUUGUCCAGGAAGCCCGCAACGCAGAAGAUAAAGCCAAGAAGGCCAUCACUGAUGCGGCCAUGAUGGCGGAGGAGCUGAAGAAGGAGCAGGACACCAGCGCCCACCUGGAGCGGAUGAAGAAGAACCUGGAGCAGACGGUGAAGGACCUGCAGCACCGUCUGGAUGAGGCUGAGCAGCUGGCCCUGAAGGGCGGGAAGAAGCAGAUCCAGAAACUGGAGGCCAGGGUGCGUGAGCUUGAAGGAGAGGUUGAGAGUGAGCAAAAACGUAAUGCUGACUCUGUCAAAAGUCUGCGCAAACAUGAGAGGAGAGUGAAGGAACUCACUUACCAGACAGAAGAAGAUCGGAAAAAUAUUCUCAGGCUUCAGGAUUUGGUAGAUAAGCUUCAAGCGAAAGUGAAAUCUUACAAGAGACAAGCUGAGGAGGCUGAGGAACAAUCCAAUACAAAUCUGUCUAAAUUCCGCAAGCUCCAGCAUGAGCUGGAAGAGGCCGAGGAACGGGCUGACAUCGCUGAGUCCCAGGUCAACAAGCUGCGGGUGAAGAGCCGGGAGGUUCACACAAAAGUCAUAAGUGAAGAGUGAUCAUGCCCCGGUGCUGUGGAAUGACUGAAGAGAGGCACAAAAUGUGAAGUCUUUGGUCAUGUCCAUCUGUAAUUAUUGUCUAUUCUACC